AUGCCUAGCAGUAAGAAGCUUAAGGCAGCUGAUGGUGAAUGUGAAGAGCAGCCUGCAGACCUUAAGCCUGAAGAUGAUGCUGAAGACGACGAACAGCUGCUGUUGCUGAAAGACAUUCUAGACGAGUGGGUCCGCAAGAAGCCGGAGGGUUCUCCGGUGUCUUUGGCGGCUGCCAUGCGAGCCAGCGAGGUUCACGAUUGCUUGGAGGAGUUCGAGUUCAUGUGCGAUGAUGCCAUAGAAAAGGCUUCCGAGGUGCUCGGGCCACUAUGUGCGCAAUUUGGUCUGCGACCGCCAUUGCCAUCGAAAUUUAAAGCUGCGUUUUUGUGGCUGAAUCACGAGCACGGCUUCUUUGGAUCGGCGGUGAAGAAGCAGGAGCUCCAGGCUUGGGCCAUGGCCAAUGCCAACACUCUCCGAGCUCGUUUGGUCUACACGGUUCGGCUUUUCAGAAAAACGCCGGGUCGAUCGAAGCGACCCAAGAUCCAGCAGCUUAAGGAUAUCCUUCGAAUGUGGGAGGCCGAGCAGAACGCCGAAGGCGAGAUUCACGGGGAAUCGAAUGAAGACGAGCAGGAGCGGGAUACGGAUGCGACUGGCAAGGAAGGGGAGGGCGAGCAGGAACAGGAAAUGGAUGAAACUGCUGGCCAGGAGGGGGAUGGCGAGCAGGAGAAGGAAAUGGAUGAAACUGCUGGCCAGGAGGGGGAUGGCGAGCAGGAAGAGGAAAUGGAUGAAACUGCUGGCCAGGAAGGGGGGGACAAGCAAGAUGGCCAGGAGGAGGAGGGCGUGGAAGCCCAGGACGAAGAGCAUGCUGAUGUGCAGGAUGAUCCGAAGCCCGUGAAGAAGGGCACCGCUGCACGCACCAGUGACAAGGCAGCUCCGGAUGCUGUCCAAGAGCGUGGUCGCGGGCGCGGCCGUGGAGGGCGAGGAGGGCCGAAAGGCCCAGGCAGCCGAGGUGGCCGAGGUCGAGGGAGUUCGCGAGGACGAGGUCAAACCCCAGCCGGAUCCGAGCCCAAGGAGCCAGCCUCAAAGAAAGCCAGAACUACCAAGCCAGAGGCAUCCCAAAAGAAAGGCACGAACCCCUACCUGGACAUCACCCUUGAAGAGCGAGCGAGAUUGUCAAAGUUACUGCCAAAGUUGCCACGCUACCGCGUGAUGCCUUAUUGGAGCAGAGGCGAGGUCGGCGUUGUUCGGCAGGCGCUGGAGGACCAAACCCGGAGUCAGGUGCUCUCCAUUGCCACGGCCAAUGUUCGCGAGAAUCUUAAAUGGGAAGAGCUAUUGGAACCGUGCAUCACAGCGUGCCGAGCUCUUGACAGUGGCGCUGAUUUUGACACCGUCAACAGCGAGUUUGAGAUUGCAAAGGUCAAAUUGACUGAGUUGUCGAAGUCUCGUGAGUGA